AUGUCCCUUUCGCACGAAGUGAAGGUGCAGCUGCAGUCCUUUCUGGAGGAAGCUGCCGACGGAGAGAAAAUGGUUAAAGUGGUUGAAGCCACCUUGGACUUGCUCAGGAAGAACCACCUGCUGUCGACCAUGAAGCUGGAGCCCAAGCUGGUGGGGGUUCACCCCAGUAACCGAGACGGUUACGGGGUGAACCCCCAGGACGUGCUGGACCUUGUGGACAGCAUCAUCGAUGUGGGGUUCGUGAAAGGCCGAGUGCAUGCCGUAGGCGUGGAAGUUGAAAGCCAGCACGUGAGGGACUGGAACUCCAAUCUCUUCGCUUCGGCCAACGGGGGCCUCGGCUCCAUGGAGCCGGAUCUCCUCAAGGUGACCAGCAUCUGCGGCUCUCACACCAACUCGGCCUUGCGACUUUUUCGCGAUGCCGUGCCACACUCCAACGAGCUCGUGUGCACCGGGGGGCGAUUGAGCAUGGAGAUGCUGAAAAAUCGCGAUCCUGCUUUCCACGAAGCCGCGACCGAAGGUUUGUCGUGGGAUGUAAUCUCUGCAGCCGUCGCCCGCGAGGUGCCCGAAAUCCUCGAGCUGGUCUCCAGGUCGGGCAACACCUCCCUGCAGAGGCGGGAGCAUGAACUCCAAGUCCUUCGCCGAAUUCAUGGCCUCUACUGUAAGAUGCAGGCUUCGGGCCAGACCCCCUCGUUUGCUUCUCUGAAGAAGCAGAUAUUGGCUUCGAAACCGAAGUGCGGGGUAUCCGUCCCUCACAUGUACUCCUACUGCCUCAAGUGCAGCGGGGGCCAAGAGGCCGUACAUCUCAAAGAAACGGAGCUCUUUGUGCGAGCAUGCUGCCCUUCCUCAAGACAGCUGGGGCCGGAUCUGUGGCAGGCUUUGUCCAUGGAGAUCAAGGGGCAUGGCUCCGAGGCCGUUGCUUGCUUUCGCAACGGCCUGGUCAAGUCGGCAUAUGUGCGGCAAAACGUCUCUGUGGGGGACUGCCGGAAGCUCGCUGCGAACUUCACGAAGGUGAAAGAAGCAGACGAGAUCAUGUUGGCUGUGCGGGCCAUGCUAACAGAGCAACUCGGGGAGUGGAAGGAUGCCGGCCUGGUGAAGGCCCUUGCAACCAUGGACAUGUGCAUGUGCAGCAUGGUCCUUGGCUUGAAGCAGAAGGGCGAGAAGGACUACAGGCUUCGCCGAGGCAACAGCAGCACCUGCAGCGGCAAAGGCAUCGUCGCGAGUGCACCGGUGCUGCUUGAGUUGGAUGAGCAUGGUGCAAUCAAGAAUCCGGUGGGUUUGCUGGAAUCCCGAGGCUAUGCAUUGGGCAGCAAUGUGAGGAGGCGAGCUGACAAGACCACUGGCAAGAUCCAAGAUGUGAAAGGCGGCCUUGUGUACAUCCAGUUGGACUCCGGCGACGUCGCGAAGGAAUCCAUUGACAAGAUUCUGGGCAACGAGUGGGCCGUCUUCACCCCCAAAAGUGAGGCAGAGGUACUGGAAGAUUUGAGCAUCUACAGCCCUUCAACGAAUGUUGAGCUCCAGGCCUUCAUGCUCCAGGCAGAGAUCGCGAGGCAGCUUCAGAAACUUUUUGAUGAACAGUCCUCUGGCAUCGACAAGCUUGCCUUGCAAACGAAGCCCCAGAAGCAGCUUCAGGCCUCGCAGGACAUCCCCAAGGGAAAGGUGACAUUGGUGCCAUUGACGAGCAAGACCCUCCACAAGGGCUCCAGCCAAGCGAGCUGGUUCGAGGUGACGACGGACUGGACGAUGGAUGCGAGGAAGUUCUACCUGAGCUCCUCUUGUGUGCUGCCCAAGGAAGAUGAUGACAAGAUCAAGCCUCUCAUAGUCCCCCCGUUUUUCUUCGUGAACUACACAGAGGACGAGGACGAGGCCAACGUGAAGUUGCAGCCCAUGCAAGCAGAAAAGUCUUCCUCCAUCAAGAUCCCCGUCUUCAAAAGCACCAAGAAGAUUGCUGCCGGGGAGGAUCCAACUUUCGAAGUGGAGACUCGCAAGAUCAUCUUUUUCGGCAAGCAUGAGUGGUGCCCCACUCAGAAAAUAGUCGAGGAGCGGACCUUUUUCUCCUUCACGAAGUGGUCUGCACAGCUGACUCGCAUGAUGACCGGCAAGCGACUUCAGCUUGGGGGUGGGCGGGCUGCAGAAAGUGGUUCCUUGAACGUGCCAGUGAUCGGCAAGAUCUUGGAAGCCCGGCAGUCGGCCUGCGACAAAGCCCUUGAGGAAGCUCUGAAAGUCGAGGAUGGGUUGGGCGACGAGGAUGAGAAGCCGAAGAAGAAAGCCAAGAAAACCAUUCGAAGGUCAUCGGCCAAGGACCUCCACCUCCUUCCUGAAAUAGUGGACGUGUCGGUGGCUGAAUUCCAGAUGUCCUUGCUUUCGGAGGGGCUGUCGACUGGAACGAUCUGGAUGGAGCUCCGUCCCGAAAACCUCUCCUGGCUCAAGUCUUGUGUCGACAAGGAAGAGGCAAAGCCUCGUCAGAAGAAGGGGGAGGCCAAGCCAAAGCAGCUGGGUCCUUUUUUUGCCAUGCUGGCUUUCGGCUUUCUGAAUGGCCACAUGCCCACGGCGGAGGAGGCGGACAGCUUCGAGACCUGCGGCCUCAACGAGCCGUUCACCUCGAAGGCCAAGGGCAAGUGGUACAACGACAAAGGAGCCGGGAUCAGCUGGUCUACCACCAUGGGGUGGAAGAUCCUUGGGGCUGGAGGAGAGAUCCUUUGGACCCACUCCGACAAGAAGAAGGUGGAUGUGCCGACCAGUGGCUGGGUCUACUGGGACGGCACAGCCGCUGCGAUCUGUGUCGAAGGCACAUCUUGA